AUGGGGGUUGUUCAGCUUAGUGAGGAUAAUGUUCCGAAUGUGCGCUUUGGAGUGGCCAAGGGCCUUCAGAAGAUUGGGAAGGUCGUGGAUGGGAGCAUACUGCAAAACGAAAUCAAGCCGAUCCUGAUGAACUUAAUGAACGACGCCGACUUUGACGUGCGAUACUUCGCUGAAGAGGCUAAAAACAGUCUAGGCUUGCAUUAA